CUUUCGCACUCCGUACACUACGCGCGUGGCCUUCGCAGCUGCAAGGACGGAGCCCAAGGCGACACAAGGCUGGGCGAAUUGCCCCACCGAUUCCUGAUCUCUCCAGGAUCAGUCUCUGUUUAUGAUGGGAACACACCUGAAACGUAUCCGAAUAACCCACAGAACAGUCCUCGCGCUCCAACCACCAACUGCGCACGCCGCUCCCACCACACUUGCCGGCCACAGCGAUUCCCGCCCGGCGCCGCCCCGCUGGCCUUGAACCAUGGACCUUCUGCGCCGAGCGAGCAAGUUCGUCCUGGCACGGGGUCCACGGGAUCCACGCCUCCCUCUGGCAGACGAAAAGGGCAAGCUGCGCUCGAGAGGGACACUAGCAGCGCGCUUCGACUACCUCAGGCGACCGCUGAGGCUAAAGGGGAACUCGACCAUCUCCGUGCCGCUCGGAGUGGUGCUCCUCUUCCCCUGCAUCGUCGUCGUCCUUAUCCUGGUGCUGUUUGUCCGCCAUCAGGGCUCCAGCGGGAUGCUCACAUCAUCCACGGGUGCGCCGCCAGCGAUACGGAAAAUUAGCGAGAAGCACGACAAGGUCUUCGUCACGGGCUGUGUUGAACCGGACACCAGCAAGCCUCGCGCCAAUGCCGCCUUCGUCGUGCUGGCGAGAAACAAAGAGCUGGACGGCGUGGUCCAGUCCCUCAAGUCGAUCGAGCGCCACUUCAACCGGUGGUUCCACUACCCCUACGUCUUCCUGAACGACGGCGACUUCAACCAGACGUUCAAGGACACCGUCAGGAACCACACGUCGAGCAAGGUCGAGUUCGGCAAGGUUGGGCCCGACAUGUGGGGGUAUCCCGACUGGGUCGACCCCAAGGUCGCCAAGGAGGGCAUCAACAAGCAGGGGGACAACGCCAUCAUGUACGGCGGCAUGGAAAGCUACCACUUCAUGUGCCGCUUCUACUCGGGAUUCUUCUACAAGCACCCGCUUCUCGCCCAGUACGAGUGGUACUGGCGCCUGGAGCCCGAGAUCAAGUACUUCUGCGACAUCACCUACGAUCCUUUCCUCAAGAUGAUAGAGCACAACAAGACGUAUGGCUUCACCAUCGCCGUCAAGGAGCUGCGCGAGACAGUGCCCAACAUCUUCCGCUACGCCUCAGCCUACAAGCGCCUCAACAACUUGACUUCGCAGGGCCUCUGGGAGAUGUUUAUCGAGCCGCAGCCGGAGAAGGAGGCCGCGCCCGAGGACAAGGACAAGGAGGCGCAGCGCAACGAGCCCCCGCGCCCGCCCGAGAUCGAUUUGGAGGCCAUGGAGGGCGAGAAGUACAACAUGUGCCACUUUUGGUCCAACUUUGAGAUUGCCCGCCUCGACUUCUUCCGGAGCAAGGCGUACGAGGAUUUCUUUCAGAUGAUGGACCGCAGCGGCGGCUUCUGGAUGGAGCGGUGGGGCGACGCACCGAUCCACUCCCUCGCGGCCGGCGCCCUGCUCGCGCCGCGCGACAUCCACUACUUCCGCGACUUCGGCUACCGCCACACGACCAUCCAGCACUGCCCGCCCAACGCCCCCGGGCGGCAGCUCCCGCGCGAGCCCUUCCUCGAGAUGACGACGCUCGACGAGCGCAAGCGCCGCGAGGAGGACGCCUACUGGGACGAGAUCGACCCGGUCCAGGAGAACGGCGUCGGCUGCCGCUGCCGCUGCGACACCGACAUCGUCGACGUCGAGGGCAAGGAGGGCAGCUGCCUGGCCGAGUGGGUCGACGUCGCUGGCGGGUGGGCCAGUCCUUGAUGAACGUGUGUUUGUUUCUUCGCUUGUCCUGGCUUUUAUACAUCAUGAUGCUUGUCUUCAUAAUCAUAAUGUCAUGGUAGUCAUGGAGAUGGGUGGGGGACAUAAUGGCGAAGACGGAUAGAUUUGAGCAGCAGAACGCUGCUCUACCACAAUUCAGAUGUAUGUAUAGGGUACCGGCACCGUUUGUUUCCAAGAGAAGCUCCCACGUCCCCACCAGACAGACACUGAUGGGCUGAAGUCUGGUCGCACCAUACACCCAACAUUGUGCAUUGUUCGGGGAAACAUACGACUUACCUUGGAUAUACCUCAUAUGACUCGCUGCUUACUUGCUUGCUUACUUACCUGUUAGUGAUGGUUACC